AUUGCCGGUACCACCUACCAGAAGAUGGUAGAAUAUCCCGUCGACGGGGGCGUGUUUGAUGAUGUCGUCCCUGGCCACGUCAUCCUGGCCCAGGCCAUGCCGGCCAAAGAUCGAGCUUACUUGAAGAAGCUCGGGGACGUGAAGAUUUACGAGGGCGGCAUGGACCUCCUCGUCCAAAGUGCCUUUAUGCUUAUGGAAAGCCAUAAGAGGCAGUAUAGGGAGAUAGCUCGCUUGAAAGAGCUGGAGCAGAAGGCUGCCUCGGCCGACGAGGCGGUAGCUUGCCUUGAUCGGCUCCGGGAGGAUGCCAAGGCGUUGCAGGCAAGGGCUGAUGAAGCCGCCACAGCCAGGGACGAUGCCCUGGCCAAGCUCGAGGAGAGCAAAAGGGAGCUCGAGGAGUCCCAAAGGGCGCUUGAGGCCGAGAGGCGCAAGAGCGAGGAGGCCGUCAAGGCGAAAGAUGAGGCCGAGGCCGCCGUCGUGAGGGCUGCUGAUGAGGCCGUUAAGCAGUUCCUGGCCGAGGGGUGGAAGGCCGAUGAGAGGCUUCCCUGGUGCUACGAAGUGGUUGCCGCCAGGCUUGAAGAUUGGGGGAUGAACUCCCCCGCCGGCCAGGAGUACUUCAGCAGGGAGAUGGCCGUCUAUUACAACAUGGGCCAGGAGCGGAUGCAAAGGCUCCUGUGUCGUCGGCUAUCCCGUGCGUUGAAAGCCAUGAACUACACGUCCGGGUGGGCCAGGCGGAACCUGAAGCUGCCAAAGCUGAUGAAGGAUCCAGAGGAGCAGGCCAAGCUUCCUCUGUCGGAGCGGGAGUCCCCAAUUGAAAGUUCCGGCCUCGGCGAGCCGGACUACACUGAAUUUGACUUCCUGGACGAUGCCACUAGCGCUGCGGCCGCCGCCGAGGAGGGAAUCGACGAGGCCGAAGAGCCCGCCGAGGAGGGAGCCGACGAGGUUGAAGAGCCAGCAGCGGAUGAAGGUGCCCCGGAGGCUUGAUCGGCUAUUCCCUGUUGUAAUUA